AUAGACUUGUGACGCAUACCUUUCGAAACGUUUUCAGAAAAGGCAAAAUUCUCAUUCAAAAGCUAGCCAUAUCCCACUAGAGUUCAUAGUUUUUUAGAUUGGUAGGGCAUUGCCUAAUAUUGAAGCAAUUAUGAAGUAUCUAUACACUUCUCUCAUACUGGCAGUUAUAUUUGUCAUUGGUACCGUGGCAGCAGAGUUGUCUUCUUCAGAUGCUACAGUCUCAGAAACUGUCGAAAAGAAUGUAGAAAGAGGGUAUGCUGAACCUUGUUGUACCCAAUAUUGCUAUUGGAAAGAGAUAUGUGUGACACCGACACCAACUCCAACUUAUUAUUACUAUUAUUACUCAAGGAAUAUGGAGCAAGAACAGAUUGAGAGAACAGUGGAGAAAGAUGUCACUCUGACGGAAAAAUCGGAUACGGCCAGAGGAUAUUUCCCAACUUACUAUUAUUAUGCUCCACCUACCUACUAUUAUGCUCCACCUACCUACUACUAUGCUCCACCUACCUAUUACUAUUAUGAAUACUAUACCCAAACACCGACACCAACACCAACUCCAGAGUGUACGUACACUCAAAUAUGUCAGACAAUUUGUUCGAGUUGUCCAACUCCUUAUUAUUACUACUAUGAGGGUUAAACAGUUGUCUCAUUUUGUCAUUUGACUUGUGAGAACGGACAAAGUUCCGUAGCCCACAAUCUCAAAUAAACGUUGGUUUUUGUCUGUGACUACUUCUGUAUCAAGUGAAAGGGAAAGGUUGAUAUAGAAUAGAUAGUCCACGUUUUAUUAAAACUAUUUUUGGAAGCAUAGCCUAUAUAUAUUCACUCUCAAUGUAUUCUCAAUAACGAAUCUAUCCCUAUUUUCAAACCGUUUAUUGAGGACACAAGCUAGGAAGAUGGAUAUAUUUGCAUAUUUGAUAUGCUCACAUUUAGAAAAGGACAUGAUUGGAAAUAAAAACAUUGUUGCAAAAUUCAACAAAAGUGAAUCUAGUUGCUAAGAAGGAGUGCUAAACUCUAUCUGGAAGAACUUGACUCAGGAUAUAAUGGCUAAAAUGAUACUACCUGAGUAAGCCGUUAUGGGCUAUUCUGUUUUUGAACAGUCAACUCUUAACAAGCAUUUCGAGCAAUACAAGUCUUAAUUAUUAGAACCCAUGAAUUUAGCCUUCAUGGCAGUCUUUUUACAAUCUCCAAGAAAAAAUGUAGAGAGAACUCGAAGUCUCAAAGAUUCUUCACGAAGAGAAAAUUCUGUAUCUACACUUUGCUCCUUAGUUUUCUUUGUAGAUGUGCCAACUGGUAUAGUGUGUAGAGAAUGUCCCAUCAUUUCUAGAAGGCGGAC